GCCCGGGUGGCUGUUGGGAGGGGCCGGCAAGGGGGAGAGCAGCAGGCGAACCGCGAAGAGGCUCCCCGCGCGGGCGAGUGAGGCAUCAUGAUCCUUGCGGGCUACCGUCCCGGAAGUGGACUCGAAAGGAAGAAAGUAGCAGGGUUGGUGGGGAUAAAUAGAUUUCCGGAGGUUUUAAGGGCGGACUCACAGAACUUUUUGUGGCGUGUGUUGUCCAGCGCGGACUCAGAGGUUUUAGUGACUUCACCUGAAGGAGUUAGCUUCUCUGCUGAGCCCGACCUGUCUGUGGUGGGGCAGAAUGUGGCUCUAGUUGCGUGAGCCUCGGGGCUUCUGGUAAAAGAAAACGCCUGAGAAAGCUGGUCUGCGCUCUUCUUCGGUGGCCACCUUAGCGAAGAGCUGAUGCCUUAGUGGCUUAUCAUGGCCCAGCGGGCAGUGUGGCUCAUAAGCCACGAACCGGGAAGUCCACUUUGUGGCACCGUCAGAUUCUCCAGACGGUAUCCAACUGUUGAAAAAAGAGCCAAAGUCUUCAAUGGAGCAAGUUAUGUGCCUGUUCCUGAAGAUGGUCCCUUCCUUAAAGCACUGCUUUUCGAACUGAGAUUAUUGCGUGAUGAUAAGGACUUUUCGGAGAGUCGUGAUAGCUGUUCACACAUCAAUAAAACAUCCAUUUAUGCACUCCCGAUAGGAGGUGAAGAACUCUGGCCAGUUGUUGCUUUCAUGAAGAAUGGCAUGAUAUACGCUUGUGUUCCACUGGUUGAACAAACUUUAUCCCCUCGUCCACCAUUAAUUAGCAUUAGUGGAAUUUCACAAGGCUUUGAACUUCUUUUUGGGGUACAGGGUUUUCUUUACUCAGGUCAAAAAAAUGACAGUGAGCUAAAUACAAAAUUGAGCCAGUUGCCUGACUUGCUUCUACAGGCUUGUCCCUUUGGCACUUUGUUAGAUGCCAACUUACAGAAUUCAUUGGAUAGUAUUAAUUUUGCUUCUGUUACUCAUCCACAAAAACAGCCGACCUGGAAAGCUGGAACAUACAAAGGAAAACCACAGGUUUCUAUUUCUAUCACUGAAAAGGUAAAAUCCAUGCAAUAUGAUAAACAGGAUAUAGCAGAUACAUGGCAAGUCAUUGGAGUUGUCACUUGCAAGUGUGAUUUAGAAGGAAGUAUGCCAAAUGUUACCAUCAGCUUGAGUCUCCCCACCAAUGGAUCUCCACUUCAGGAUAUUCUGGUUCAUCCUUGUGUGACAUCUCUCGACUCUGCCAUUCUGACUUCUAGUAGCAUUGAUGCAGCAGAUGAUUCUGCAUUUAGUGGGCCUUACAAAUUUCCACUCACUCCACCUUUAGAGUCAUUCAACUUAUGCUACUACACUUCUCAGGUCCCUGUGCCACCAAUUUUGGGUUUUUAUCAAGUAAAAGAGGAAGAAGUACAACUAAAAAUAACAGUUAAUUUAAAACUUCAUGAAAGUGUGAAAAAUAGUUUUGAAUUCUGUGAAGCUCGUAUACCUUUUUACAACAGAGGUCCAGUCACACAUGUGGAAUACAAAGUUAGUUUUGGCCAGCUUGAAGUAUUUCGAGAGAAAAGCUUAUUGAUCUGGAAUAUUGGACAGAAGUUCCCAAAAUCAAUGGAAAUUAGUCUUUCUGGAACUGUAACUUUUGGAGCCAAGAGCCAUGAAAAGCAGCCAUUUGACCAGAUUUGCAUUGGAGGCACAGCGUAUUUAAAGCUUCAUUUUAGGAUCUUAGAUUACACACUCACUGGGUGUUAUGCGGAUCAGCAUUCAGUUCAAGUUUUUGCAUCAGGAAAACCAAAAAUAAGUACAUACCGGAAACUAAUUUCUUCUGACUAUUACAUCUGGAAUUCUAAAGCUCCUGCUCCAGUAACAUAUGGAUCAUUAUUACUGUAAUUGUCUCGUGUUUAAAUGGGAUUUAUACAAUAGUAACAUAAAUUAAAUCACAGUCUUUUAUUUUUAAGGUGUAUGCAUAUAACCUAUGAGUGAAAAUCAUUGAUUUAAUUACAAAAUGCUCUUGUUCAAUGUUUUUAGUCUGAUCUAGUUUGAAAGAACAUUUUAAACACUAAUGUAUCCAAUUUCAUUACCCUUUGAUUUUACUCAAGUAUGAUUUCAGAGCAUAAAAUGUAGUGAUUCACUUUCAGCUUAUUGUAGACUAGUCUUGGGUUGCCCUGCCAUACAUGUUUCUUCCUGCCCCUGUGGCAGACAUGGCUAAUCAGUCACAGUCCUCUUUCUCCACUGAGCCUUCCUGGAUAUGGGCUUAGGCUCCUCAGUGCAGAGCUGCAGGCAGCUACUCCCAAUAGAUUGUAGAUGACGUGCAAGAUAAAAAACUAUUUGCUCUUCCAAACCUAAGUGCUAAGUGCUAGUACGAUGUGUUGUUACAGAAUACCAGAGACCACAUUAGGAACAACUUUGUAAAUCUCUUGAGAAAACAGCUGAUGAAAAUGAAAGAAAAUUGUUUAAAUAGUAACCUGUUUUUAAUCAGAACUAUCCUACUGACUAAUAAAGAAUCUGCAUAAUUCUAUUUUGUUUUUCUCUGUUCUGGAGUUACUUUUCAGGCAAGCUUAUUAAUCUGCCACAAUAACAUUUUGUUUAGUAAGCAUAUUAAGAGGAGUGGGAUACCUUCAGAAGAUGAGCAUAGUGUUUUGUGAUUACUGAAUAUCUGCAGCCAAAUUUUUAAAUAUAAAUUUAGAUAUAAUAUCGGUCUUUUCCUGUUUUAUUAUAAUUCAUUAAUGAAUGAAUUCAGGUAAAAAUCAAAAGCUAUUUUAUGGGUAGAGAGUAUCACUUAAAUCUUAUUUCAGUUUCAUGUAGCACAUUUUCUUUAAAUUUGUCACCCUUGCUUCCUUAUUGGCAUGCUCUGGGUUUCUUCAGGAACCAUCCAGUCAUACAUACUCUUUAUUCUCUACCUGUCUUUACAAUUAUUUGUCACGUUCUGUUUUCAAAGUAGUUCAUUGUCAAGUUGGACUUUAAAUGACCAUUCAAGAAAAGAUGAAAUCUCAAGAACCUCCAAACCUAUUCCAUGUCAAGUUUCUUUUUACAGAACAGAAUUAGAAGAGUUAUAUAAAAAAAAUACGCAUUACAGAUUAAUAGUCAAUUAAAUUAUAUCUUGGUUUCUUUUUUUUAUGAGUCUCUUAAGGAAAAGCUUAGAAAAAGCUGCUAACUUCUUGAAAGAGAGCUAUGGUAGUUUGAAAGGAGAUUGCAUAGAAAUUUAGGAUUUGAAAUGUAGUUUUUUAAAAUUAAGGUCAAUCCUACUCAUAAACUCAUUUUCUGCAAGACAUUAUCAUGGCAUAAUGUUCUAUGUUCAAAAUUAUCCCAAGUAAUGAAGAAAACAGAGUAACUUCCAGACCAGGACUUUAGCUUGUUGUUCUAGGUUAAUCAUAGAUAAUCAGUAGUAAAAACGUUCCUUUUGAAAAAAGAAAAAAAUCAUUCCCUUUAAGUUUUUUGAUCUCUCUUAAACACAAGGAAAGCUUAACAUUUCACUUAUAUUAACGGAACCAUUUGUACAUCUUGAUUGUAUAAGUGUUUAGCAAAGUAUACUAAAAUAGGGAAGAGGCAUUUAUCUAGUGAGUAGGCUGAGAUUCAGUGUAAUAAUCCCCUAGGCAAAACUUUAUAAGCAAUCGUAAAAACCAAUGAAUCUUUGAUCUGACAUUUCUAGAAACCUGAGGAAAAUCUAAGGAGUACUGGAAAAGUGUAGGGACAAUGGGGAACCUGAUGCCAUCUGUUGCCAUUGCAUUCUAACAUAACGCUACAGAACUAAAACUAACUCAUGUUUUCAUCCUGUUGAGAUCAGCUGGGCACACUGUGAUGCUUUGAUUUUGUCUAGAAACCUGUCACUUCAGGAUAAUUUCUGAAGACAAAGUCUGUUUCCCGUUUGGUAGGUGACCUGUUUAAUGUUUUCUCUGUGUCUGGGAACUCCUUAGUGUAAUUAGCGACCUUUGAACUCCACAACUAAUCCUGAGCUAUUUUGUAUUCCUUACUCAUCUUUAAGGCUGGACCUUUCUUUUCUUCAGAGUCCGCUGCCACAAUUAAAGAAGAAACAGCUGCAUUUCAAAGGGAUUCCGAUUCCAGAAGCUUAAUCGUGAUUGACAUGUUCUUAUUCUAAGCUAUAAGACACUCUAAGAGUCCUUUCUUGGGUUAAAACUUCAAUCAUUUUCUAAAAUAUUAUCUCGCUAUGGAUUUUAUUCAUUUUCUUUGAUAACUAUUCUUUGCAUUUUUUAACUUGAAAGAUGCUGUGUGUUUGCACUGAAUAUGAGCACCUACUUCCAGUUAAAGGUUUGGAUGGUGUCAGACCGCUGGAUGCAAAAUUGCUAAAUUCCCUUUAGUGCCAAAAUAUGAUUAUGAAAUCUGAUGUCUAUCAUAUGGGUAAUUAUUCUUCAGUAGAUCCAAAAUGUACAAAAAGUGUUACAUUUCUGAAAAUGUACUCAAACUUUUUAAAGUCAGCAGUACCCUUAACAGUGUAAGACAAUCCCCUUACAGUGGUGGGCAUUUUUUACCUUUUACUUUUUAAAUAAUUGAUUCAAAUGUCAGGUUUGAAGUAAAUAGCCUUAUCAGGAAUUCUUAAAUUUUUAAAAAAAUUUUUAAUUAAGCAUUAGUCUUACAAAAUUAAUUUUUUCACACCAACUCAAUAUUUUCAGUGAGUUAAAAUUGUGGUUUUAUAUAUACAUUGUAUGAUUUAAGAUAUUUCAAAGCACAACUUAAUACAUAGAACAACUACUAGUAUUUUUCUUCUAGUUUUUAUUAUAGUAUUUCAGAAUCCUUUAUAGAUAUUCAUGGACUCCUGCACCACCCCUAGGAGGAAGGUAGGUCGAGUUAUCAUCCAGAGUCUCUGCAGGGACCGCUGCCACAGCAGAAUGGUUGUUUCUAAGACAAAGGUCAGAAAAGGGAUGUUAAUAAACAGUUCUCAGGUUUAAGGGACUUUUUUAGGAUUACAUCUUAAAUUCCAACAAAUCAGAUUUAGGAGUUACUGAAAGUGAAAUUGAUCCAUCCCUCAUCCAAACUUUGCAAUACUUUCCUGUUCUGACAUCAUUUAGAUAGUUAGCUGUAUUAUCAGAUUAGAAACCAUUGUACCAGGCUGCUGAAAGGAAAAGGAGGCAAAAAGCUAAACAUGGGAUGAAUUCUGAACCUUUUAACCUGGCUGAAGUACGUAGGUCCCUGUUAUGCAAAUACCUUCAAUCCUCUGCUAAGUUCAGUGGAAAUAAUUUUCUUGAAUGACAGGUUUAUUCAGCAAGGAUUCAGUUGGUGAUUAAUCCCCCUUUGAUCUAGGGUAUUUCACUUAACUACCAGUUACCUCGUUCUGACAAAGUGCAACUGAGAUUAGGGAGAUCACUAGAACACUACCAGGGUGUGCGUUUAUUCUCUAUAACCUUUUAAAGCAAGGGCCAAGAAUGCAAUUUAUUUUCAGUAUUUGAAGAUGUAAAAGUCCUGUCUGCUAAGUUAGAAAGUCAAUUGAAUACCAAAUGAAGUUUAGUUCUUAUGUAAUAGAACAAACAUUUCUUUUUACUUUGCCUAACAAUGAUUUUAGAAAACAUAGGCUUUGAAGAAACAAAGACUACAGUUUAAGUAUAUCUUCUAGUUUUGUUUCAUAUACUAGAGUGUAUAUUUAUUGGCCCUGAGAUAACCCAAAAAUCAAAGCUACAACUUACGCUGAGAAAAUGCUUCUAUUUUAUUCAACUGCACAGUUUCUCCCCAUCCGCCUCCAUUAAAAAAUGUCAUGGUAUGUGGUAAAGAAAUCCAAUUUGGGAAAACAUGUCGCAGUACACAAUUAUUCAUCUUAAGACUUGUGAUUUCAAAGCUUUAUUUAACUUUGUCCUUUCUUGAAAAAGAGCUUGUUUUGUUCCCAUGAUGAAUCAAGAUUUUUUUCAUAAAAGUACCAUUACAAAAAUACUUCAAACUGAUUAUUUUAAGUUAUCAAAAUAACCAUUUCGACAGUACUGUUUACUAUUUUUUUCUGCCUUUUUCUCAUUUAACUGGGUACCCUUCCUCCAUAACUUUAAAGUUUGAAAUAUUCUAUGAAAUUUUGCACAAUAUUUGAAGAAUAAAAUUGUAAGAUGUGUUUCUUGACUAGUUUUAUUAUUAUAGACAGCAUUUUUUAAUGCUUUAUAAUUGUUCAUUAUUCUAGUAUCAGUUUGCAAGUUAUGUAUUUGGAUAAUUUUCUUAUACCUUUUUUUUGGCUCAAACUUUUUGUGAUCCAAUUUCUAAAUUGAAACAGUGACUCAAAUAAAUGCAUAUCUAACUUAUGUUUAUGCCAAAUGAACAUCUCUAGUUUGAAUUUAGUAACCAAAAUGUUUCUAAAUAUCUUUUGAUAGCAAGUUACUUAACCAUGGUAAAAUUGAGGAUCAGAAAAAAUAUAAGAUGGAAGGCAGGGUCCCCUGGCCAUGUUGCUAAGAAACUAGUAUUUUUAAUAAUUAACUUACUCUGUGCAGUAAAUUUUUAGUUAAUAAAAUGUUGCAAUAUAUCUUGAAAUAUGCUAUCAGAGAAAAUAUAUUUAUGUAAAGCAUAGAUGUAUGUGUGUGGGUAUUUAUAUAAUGUUUUAUGUUAGUGUGUACAACUUGGUGGGUUUCCCUAUGAAAUAUUUCAUUAUGUCAGAGGAAGAAGAAUAUUUAAAGUUAAAUAUUCAAAUGUCCUCCCUGCAAACACAAUGUUAGUCAGUAGUAAUGAGGAGGUGCAUAAAAUGAAUAUUACCAAAGAACUCUUGAGGUUACUCUUAUAAAAUGGUUAAAACUCUUAUGAGUUGAAAGCUUUUCAGCUAGCUUCUAGGUUUUUUUUCAACAACAGUUUUAUGGAUAUGAUAACAUUAUCGUCCGUAUAUAGCCUGGAGCAAUGCAAUGCCUUAUCUGUAUUACUAAUUUACUGCUUUGUAAGCAGGUUACUUUGAGGUCCAGGUUGACUUUUCUCAGGCCCUGGCCAAUCUGUGUAAUUGAUGGUAGUGUGGUGUUAAUAUAUGAUGCACAGCAUUUACAUAUUGACGGAUGCCCUGGGGUGGAAACCACCUGCUAAAUUGUUUUUCCAGUAGGACGUGAAAAUUUGUAUAUCUUAAUACUCCAUUAAACAUUUAAAAUCAAACUAUGUUUCCUUUAAAUGUCUUCUCUUUAAAUGAUAGUUUCUGUGGAAAAAAAAGGUUAUUUAGUUAACAUACUACUAAUAAAUAAAAAUGAAAAAUUAUUGUUAUCCCUCUUAAAUUUUUUACUUUUUCUUUCAAGGGACUUUAGUGCCCUCUGCAGGUUAUAUAAAGAGAUAACUAAUGACUAUAUUUUUAAACCCUGUGAUUUUUCCCUUUUAGAAGCAAAGCCUGGUAAGUGUGAUCCAUUUUAUUUAUAUUGUUAACUUUGUUAAUUUGCCAGUGAUUGAAGUAAGAGUUUCUUUUCUUUGCCAGUUUUAUAGUUUUGUUUAGUGUGAAGAAUGUAAUACCAUUGAAUUUUCCAAAUCACUUAGCUGGCACUCUUUAAAUGUUAGAACUAUAGUAAUACACAUUCCCUCACAGAAAGCAGAUUGGGAAAACAUUCAGCGAUUUUGAAAUUUAUUGAAAAUGUGGAGAAUAACUUGAUUAUUUCCCAUUACAUUAUUAGAAUAUUAUACAUUGAAAUAAAAUAAGCCUUUUCCAGUAUGCAUCAUGUAAAUUUUAAAAAUUACCUGAGUUUUAUUUCUUAAUCUUGUUGAUGAGUGAUGAUUGUGUUCAAGCUCAAAACACGAGGCUACUUAGAAUUUCUUUAAACAAAGUUAAGGUUGAACAGAUAAUGCUUUGGUAUUAUUGUUGCAUAGGUCCACUAACCAGAAAGAGUAUUUCUAUUUGAAGAACAAAAGGCAAAGAUUUCGUAUCUGAGUCACUCAUUUCAAAGAACCCAUACUUUCUCAAUGAGUAUGACAGAUUUGUUUCUAAAGGAUAUAGGAAUUCAUUUUGUAUAUGAAACUAUAGAACUGGAGCACCAGUGGCACUUCUGAUUCACUUAAAGCUGCCAGGGAAACUAAAUAUGAUGAGAACAAGAGGAAUGACUGGAUCAAGUUAAUAGAAAUAGUUCUGCAAGCCACAUAAUGAUCCUGAUCAUCAACCUUGAAAAGUAAAUUAGAACAAGCAAAUUGCUGUUGAAAAAUUCUUUCAGCGCUCUGCUGUUGCUACUCAGCUAGUCAUGACUCAACCAGAGACAAGGAAAAAAUGCACUCAGUUUUGCAUUAACAAAGGAAACAUUAUUAAAGUGAAUGUUUACAUUCUGUUUAUUGAAGUGUUCAAAGAAUAUUUGUUACAUCUUCAAGCAACCUGCUGUUCUCCCAGCUAUUACAGUGCAUGAGUGAUAAUAAAAAUGAGUCAUUUGUACAUUUUAGAAAAGUAAAUAAAUAGCAUUUAACUUGUGUUUCUGAGCUAUCUUACUUCAAAAUAUUGAGGUAUUAAUACUUUCUCUUUUAAAGAUUAUUGUCACUAGGAAAAGUAUCCUAUUAAAAUAAAAACCUCAUUCACUUGAAUACACCUUUGAAUUAUUUUCAAAUGCUUUAUGUAACUUUCCUCCCAGAAUCUACAAUGCAUAAGAAAUAAUCAACUGAAAAUAAUUUUUUAAAUGAAAACAAUUGUGAAAUUACUUGAGUGUGUAAUUGAAUAUAUAAUAUGUGCAUUGGAAAAAUAGCUUGAUAAUUAUGAGAGCUUUUUUGAGCUACAUUUAUCUUGAGCUACUUCAUAAGAAAAAGUUGAGAAUUAAACAAGACAGCAAUUGGAAGCAGGCAUACCAAUCUGACAUUUAAAAAUUUAAUAAGUAUUAUAUGUACUGCUAAAAUUGGGGGAAAGUCAAUAAUUAAAAAUUCAGAAUUUUAGCUUUCAUCUGUGGAAAAUGAACAAUCUAAAUCACUUUUAUAUUUUAGAAGUGUAGUGUUUAAUAGGGGUUUAAAUACCAUAUUUUACUUGGUCCCUUGCAGGUGUUACUGAAUACAAUUCAGUAUUCUGUAAUCUCUUAUGGAUUAAGUAAUUUUUGAAGAAUUGUCUUCUUAGAUUCACCAAGAUGACCAGUUGUCAGUCUUCUGUAUUUCAGCCUAAAAAUCUUUCUAUCACACUUAGCAAACAUUAUUAGCCUAUGCUACAGGCUCUUGAGAACCUCUUUGCCAGAUAUUUUAUUAUUUACCAUUUCUGUAGUAUUUACAGAGCAUCAUAUAAAGUAUAGAAAUAAUUGAUAAAAAAUAUUUCAUUUGCGUUAACCUGGAUAUUUUAUAUUUAAAAUGAAUAUCUUAUUUAACAUUUUUCUAAGGAACUUCAGUCUUUGUUCAUAAUCUUAAAAAAGUUUUUUUGAAUCUAAAAUAAAGCAAAUGCCAAGCUUCUAACUCCACUUUUGCUAAGGAAAUCACCGGGAGAAGUGGUUAAUAAUGCUUACAGCUUGUUAACUGGUAGCAGCAAGAGGACUUUUUAACUAAGGUGAAUAUAAGUGGCUUCAGGCCCAUAAUUAAAGUAUUUCCCUCAUACUAAAAUAGUAAGUCAUUUAAUUUAAUGUUAAAGGCCUAAACAAAGUUGAACAUAACAUAUGAUUUGGGUUUAAAAACUGCUGAGUAAUCCAGUUGAAAUUGAGAACUUAGUUUAGUCAAUAAAAACUCAUAAUUAAUAUUAAACUUUUACUGUGCUCCUAUUAUAUACCAUUCCAGAACUAGACAAAAAAUAGUACCUGAUUUUGAAUGGUACAUUAUAACUCCUGCAAUGUGUUAGCACUGUAAUAUGGAAGACUACUUCUAUAUAUUGUUUGUACAGAAAUUGUCCAAUGAGGUGUGAUGGUUGAAGUUCACCAGGCAGACAAAGGAAAGAAGGGCAUCCCAGGGACAAUGUCAUAUCCCUGGAGGUCUGUCUCUCCAAAAAGAGAAUCCCAGAAACAUCUAAUAUACUUCUCUACAGACAAUGCAUCCCCUUCUUGCGUACAUGCGAAGAGGACCACCCUGCCCUCGAUACAUCACUGCCUACUCCUCUCUACCCGCAAAACAUGCUCUGUUUUGUGCCACGUACACCAACUGCAGAAAACAUCCAGAGAUGUACGGUACCCCUGAAGUAUUAGGAACCUGUGUGUUCCACCAUUCAGAAGAUUUGCUUUUCAAAUAGGACUGCAGAGUGAGUAAAGCUUGGCACAAAGGCCAAUGGUGCAAUUUCUGACCUUGGGGGUGUUCUGUAUUUGGAGUUAUAGGGCCUCCAUCCUACCUCUCAAAUUACACCACGUCAACCAUUCCCUACUCAUCCUGUUCACGUGGUCCACCCUGAUAAAUCAUUACCUCCAGAUUCCAAACAGGGAAUUAGGGCUUGCGAGUUUAACGGGGGAUCUUCUAUUCUGAUGAGGACAGGUUUUCAAAUCCCUUUGUAAAGUCACAUGACUUUUCUAUCCUAAAACUAAAACAAAAGCCCCCAGAUCCAGGCAGUGCUGGUAGCUAUGCAAUCAUGACUACAUCAUUUACUGUCUGUUUCCUCAUCUGAAAAAUGUGGGAGCAAGGCAAGAUGACUGGGUGAUCUCUAAGUCUCUGUCACCUGCUAUGCUUCUAUUAUGCAUAUAAGACACAUUUUAUGUAAACCAAAUAUUAUCGUUUGUAGCCACAUAAUUUGGGGAAAAUAAUUUGGAUGACACAAAUUAUUAGCAAUAGGAAAGAGUGAUGGUGAUGAAAAUGAUGGUAGGGCUCAUAGUUAGGAAGGCAAGUUGUGAAGUUAUAAAAAUCUUUCCCUUACAGAAUUUUCUUGGUUGGGUCGCAAACACACACACAUAUACAAAGACUUUGGUAAAUUCUGCCUACAGUUUUUUCUUUAAUUCAACAACUAUUUAUUGAGCAUCUACUAUGUUCAGGCAUAUUAGGCACUGGGAAUUCAGCAAUGAAUAAAACAAACCCCUGCCCUCAUGGAGCUUAUACCAUAUUAAGGAGAGAUAGGAAAUAAAGACAUAAAUAAGUGUUGAGAGUUUAGACGACCCUAUAACACAUAUUCCUGCCUUGGCAUUCAUUUUAUGUGGCCACACUGCCUGCAGGGGCCUUGAACUGACACCAUACCCGCAGAAUCACAAGAUCCUGAUAUGACUCCCCCAAUUGUGAUAAGCACUCUCCCCCAUCUCCCAGGGCCUCUCCUUGUGCACUCCUUAGAUUACACCAAAACUGUACUCUUUUGGGUUUGAAUUGACCAAUUCAGCCUUCAGCUGGGAAUCUCAAAGCAUUCCACCCGAGGACCCUGUUAAGGCAUGUGCCCUGGGUCCUGCCACACUCUCUCUGCCUGCACCCUGACUCGACCUCUCCUCAUGGCCCCUCUUAGUGUGUCAUGUACCUCCUCCAGGACCUAUGAGUAAUAAGUUUCUCUAUUUCACUUUCCCUGGUGGUUUUCGUUGAACACCUCGUGGCUCACCAUCCAACACCCCAGGGCGCUACUUAAUAAAUGUUAACAAAGUCACAACGAUAAGUAAAAUAUGGAGUAUGUCAGUAGUGACAAAUUCUCUGGAGUUAAAAAAGGAGGGCGGGGGGAGGAAGAAAGAUGCAGAGGUCCAGAGGGUGGUGUAAUUUCUACAACAUAAUGCACAAUGGCCACAGAACCUGAGGGUGGAGGUGGCAGGGGGCAAGAGUGAGCCUUCUGGUAAUCAGGAAGAGAGCAGCAAGUGCUGUGAAAAGUAGCUACCACACGAUUCAGGAAAGGGAGGUGACCGCGCUUGUCACAAGGACUGGUGACGGUGUAAUUGGGAAGUACUCUACUUCUCCAACUCAGUAUCUUGUUACGAAUUAAUGAUUUUAAAACAACUGGUUAUUUCACCAAACACCUAAAGACUAACUGUAGUCGCAGACUAUCUCCUGAAACACGGGCAAACCCCACAGACAUGAAGGAUAAUCAUGCUUGAAAGACUGUCUCCUAGGCAAUACUGUUUCUCAAUAAGACAUAGUCUGCUAUUCAACUUAACAUUUUUCUUUUCAGCUUUCUCUCAGUCACUAUUAUUGGAAGUCAAAGGUUGGAAAUUUGUAAUCCAGGAAACCCCUCUGAGGGUAUUUCAAGGGUUUAAACUGAGAAGUUGCCCAAUUCCUGGAGGUGUCAAAUUCAGGGAAGGGUGGGGAGAGAGGGCUCUAGGUUGAAUCAGUCCUGAUCCAGAGUUACUGAGGCUGACCAGGACGUGGGGUAUAAAACAGAAAAAGGCAUACUCUGGUCAAAGCUAGCUCCUAGGAAGAGGAGUUAGCCUUCAUCUAAGAUCAGUUUUGUCCUGCUGAGAGAGGCCUCCUUGCAACAUGGAUGGGGGCUGUUGGACAUUCUUCAGCAGCGACCCUGUGGGGCAAUCAGAAGCAAUAGCAGUAGUGGACCGGUGUGAUCGAGGUCAGUGUUCUGCUUCGUUGAGUGGAGCAGUUUUUUCCCCUCCUGUGGUCAUCUUCUUAGCAGAGGUAACAAGGAAGCUACAUUACUCACAUUGAACAAAUCCAUAUUUUCUCUAAUUAGGUUGGUGUAAACAUUUCUUGGCUUUAAGCUCUCUUAACCUUCCCUUUUACACACCAUGCCAUUCAGCUGAUGUGUGUUCUCCAGCAAGCCUGCCAACAAUACUUUGUAGUCAACUCUGAAAUAAACUUUCAUCCUGACUCCCUCUGUUUCCACAAGCAAAUGACUCACUCAAAUUUCAUAGAUAAGAGGUGAGAAAAAUGUAAAUGUGAUUCUUUAAGUGUCUCCUUUGGGUUCAGGGAACACACUUUGUAGGGGCUAAUUGUCAGAAAGUUUAAUUGUUACCCUGCAUCUCCAGCUUCCCUCAUGUAGCGCCAUAGGUGCUAAUAGUGAGAAAAUUUGUGCCCCUGCUGUGCUCUCUUCAUUAAGCUAAUGGAACAUUUUCCUCUCAUUUUCUCCGUAGGGUGGCUGUAGGAGUACAACCUUAUAAUAGUUGCUCUAACUGUAAUUGGAAGUAGUAGGAGUGUAUAUAAUCAUACUGUCUUUCCUAUGUGGUAGUCGUUUAUUUAUGACCUAUUGAUAAUAGGUCCCAGCCAGCAGCAGAAGACUGUGAGGAUUACAUUAGCAUUUCCUCAUAGGAGAGUGACUACUAAACAAAGACUAUUGUUAACCAGAAAGAACACAUACUAGGGAUGGCCCAUCAUACCAAAUACUGCAAAUACUUGCAUACCAAAUACUUGCAUCAUUACUGCAAAGAUUGGCCCCUCUGGGUAUCAUGGGUGUUUUUUCACUAAAAUUAGUGGAGACUUCAUCUUACCUUUCUUUAGAUAUGUGAACUAAGCUUCAUGAGUCUUUUGGGGAGCCUUUCGAAGGCCAUUGCAUACCUUCUUCAAAGUGAUGGGGAGUUUUGUUUGGCCACUGAAGUCUUUGGAGUAUAAUGGGCCUAGAGAAAAACUCACAAUUUAGCAUCCACCAACCUGAUUCAGGGCCACUGGGCUGCACUGAGUACAGUUUGCGGCCAGCAGGACCCUCCCCAAAAAAGAGAGGCUGAGAUGCCCCGGGAACCUGUUAACAAAUUAGGAGAUCUGCUGAGGCACCAAUAUCUGUAUUGUUACAUCUUGACCUCUUACAACAUACUUUGAUGAAAUAACCCUUUUACUAUCUUUUACAAGAUGUAACAUUCUUCAGGACAUUGAGUAUUCUCUGAAAAUUCUCCACAGUUUGUGUGCGGCAUUUGGUCUUCGGUUAAAGAGUAACUGAAGAGAACUUGCAUGUUUACCAUUUACUAUUUAAAAUAGUUCUAUUCAAGGACUGCCCUUUACUUUUGGACAGAAAGUAUCUUCUAAGGUCAGUACACAGAGCUCAUAAAUGUAUCAAAUUAGGUUGGCAUCCAUGAGAACAUAGCAUUGUGUAUUCUGCCCCCACAAAGAUACUGAACAUCUAAGAAUUUAAUGCUGGACAGGAUGCACAGUCAAAUAUCUGAAUUGCUAAAACUUACAAACUGCAAAGAGGUAUUGGUCAAAUGUCUGCUAUGUGGCAAGCACAAUGCUAAGAAUAGUCACAGAUAUUGUUUCAUUUUAUACUCCUGUAGCAGGCAGAAUAAUGACCUCCAAAGAUGUCUGUGUUCUAAUCCCUGAAUCCUAUAAGUAUGUUAUCCUAUAUGGCAAAAAGGACCUUACAGAUGUGACUGAGUUAAGGAUCAUGAUAUGGGAAGAUUACCCUGGAUUAUCUGGGUGGGCCAGUGUAAUCACAAGGAUCGUUGUAAGAGGAAGGCAGGAGGGUCAGCAUUGGAAAAGAAGAUAUGACCACAGAAGCAGAAGUUGGAGUGAUGUGGCCAUGAGCUAAGGAAUGUGGGUAGCCUCUAGAACCUAGAAAAGGAAAAAAAAAAAAAAAAGGAUUAUCCCUCUAGAGACUCCAGAAAGAAUACAACCCUGCUGACCCAUUUCGGACUCUGACUGCCAGAACUAUAGAUAAGUUUGUGUUGUUUGAAGCCACUAAGUUUGUAGUAAUUUGUUAUAGCAGCAAUAGGGCACAAAUACAACUCCCAACAGCUUUGCAAAACAAAUUUAUCUCCAUUUUGCAGAUGAGGAAACUGACGUUUAAAGGGAUUUGAGAGGCUUAGUUCACCCUGCUUCCUCUCACAACGCAUAGUGUGUAGAUAUUUUUGAGUGUAGCAGCUUUCUCUCUUGAAGCAGGUGGGUUCUCCCAAGGUUCUGAAAAAGCUGCAAGAUGCAUGAGCUGGGUAACUCACUAACUGAAUAUCCACCCUUUUGUCUUCAAUCAUCAUGUUAGAUGAUUUCUUAAUGAGCUUAGCUGAGUUUUUUACUUUCUAAAAAUUUGGCAGCGUUAUGAAGAUUAAUUCAGCAUUUCUGAAAUCAGAGCUUCUUGCAUUACUCUUUCUUUUGGCAAACAUCUUCCUUUGUCUCAUCAUUUAAGUUUAGACUCUAAAACUAUUUAUAUCAGGAGUGAAUAAACAGUGUGUGAGGGGAAGGGGCUUGAUGUGUUUUCCAGUUUGUUAUAGCAACUUUAAUCAGGUAGGGUCUUAGAGAAGGAUGUCAACUUCACGCCCACAUAAAUGGAGAGCAAACUUUUAUAUGAUGAAUGGUCAUUUUCCAGGUCCCUAGCAUCUUGUGGAUCCCUGAGUUCUGCAGUAAGUCUAGAUAUAAAUGCCUAGGGAUUUGGUUUGUUCUGGUUUUAAGUACAUUUGGCUCUAUAGUAGAUAUGUGUUCACUGCCCAUCAUGCCAGCCUUGGGGGAAUAUUCCUCCCCUUUCUGUGUGGUACAAGUGAGGGCAUCCUCACCAUUCCUAUAUGCCCUAGGCCUGGCCAAUCAGAGUAUUCUACCUCCUGACCACAAUGAUUGGUUCAGGGGUCAAGAAGGAUAUGUGACCCAAGAUAGUCUAGACUUAACUGUCAGAGAAGGAAAGAUGUUUUCUCUUCCUCUUUGGCAAGGUCUCAGGAUAAUAUAAGCCUAUGACUCAUGCAUCUUGUGGCCAUUUUUCCUGAACUUUGAGGGUCAGCCAUCUGCUGCAAGAGAGAAUACAGCCAACACCCAGGAGCUGAGAGUUGAGAGUUAGAGAACAAAAACAAGAAAGUUCUGAUUUAUCCAGCCAUCUCUUACUCUGCCCCUGGACUCUUCCAGUACAUAAACCAACAAAACAUUUUUCAAACUUAAGUUAGUUGAAUAUGGAUUUGUGAUUAAAAUAGAAUAUAUUUUUAAAUUUAAAUUUUCAGAAAGGUGAUAGCAUAACUAAAGAAAAGGUAUAUAACAAAAGCCUCCUCUUCAGAUUGUCCCAUCUGCCCAGUUCCCACCCCAUAGGUUCACAGUGGUUAUGAAAUUUUUACAUAACCUAUGGAUUUAUUUCAUGUUUAUACAAGCAACUAUAAAAAUAUAUCUCUAUUUCCCUCUACUUUACCACAAAAAGUGUUAUAUUAGACAUGUUGUUCUCCACCUUGGCUUUUCACCUAACGAUGUAUCUUAUCAAUCUUUUCCUAUCAAUGGUGAGGGAGCUUCUCCACUCCUUUAUGAGGCUAGAUAAUAUUACAGGAUCCAUUUUGAUCAGAAGGACCUUGGAAAAGCAGGUUGGUUUUGAGGAGUUGGGUCAACUCUAUAUGAGAAAACUGUGUAGCUCCUUGGCAAGGAUUUCUAGACCCAUUUUUUCACAUUUCCUUUUUCAUAUCUUAACAAGCUUACUAUUCCCCAAAGAUCAACAUCAAACUUUAGGGUUACAUUUGCUGUGAAAAUUAUGAAUGACCCUAUAUAAUCUUGAAAAAUGAACCCAGGGCAAAUAGAAGACUGUGGCUUAGAUUGUAAAUUGGAGACCUGCAACUCAAUUUGGUUCACAAAUAUGUUUUCUUUGAACAGUAUUUUAAAAAGAGUUUUAACUACUUGCUAAUGUUUAAAACUUUUAAAUUGGGCUAUUUCAUAUUAAUAUUUUAGUAUUUCAUUUUUUAUAUUUCAUUUUUUGUUCAAUUAUGGAUUCAUGGCUAUUUAUUUUAUACUAUGGGUCAUACAUCCAAUACUACCUUAUUUAUUUUGUUGCCCACAUUGUUCCAGGUUUGUCUGUUCGUAGUUUUUUCAGGUUGCUUUUUAUUUCCCUUUGACAUGCCUCAUUUUGUUUGUUUGUUUGUUUCUUUUUGUUUUUUGAGGACUUCCUCUCUCUCUGGCACUACAGAGAUUCAUGCUGCAUAUUCUCUGCCUCAGUCCUAUAAUCAGCCAUUUUUCCAAGGAGCCUGGUUCCUUUUAUUAGAGAAUGUCACAUACCCCUAGUUUACUGCUGUGAUUCUUCUGUUUUUUUUAAUGACUCCACCCCCCUGUCAACUUAAGAGCUAUUUGAAAUAUCAGGGAAAGAGAAAGAUACUGUGAAUUUUCCUCAGGAUUAAUGUAAACUUUAUUUUAACAUCUGACUCCAGCUUCCUACAAGACAAAGACUGUAUUAGUUGUCCCUUAUCUUGGAAAAACAGUACUAGAAAUUGGAAUUUUCAGUCUUCACCUUGUACCCUUAGAAAUAUUAUUUAACUAACAUUUUACAAUCCAUCUGAAGAAUGCUAAACAGGUAUUCCAAGAAUUAGAUUAAGUGAUAUUAAGUAUUUUAAGAGCAGGAGCCUCACAAAUAUAUAAGAUCGUUAGCAUUCUUAGUCUUUGCAUUUUUAUUAGGAAUAGCUAACAGAUUUUAUAAAUCCCAUACCCUGAGUUAUUCAGUAUGUGCAUAGCUAGUGUCAUUUUUUUUAACUUAUCUUAACGUGGAAAAAAAUAUGUUUUUACUCUACACAUAAAGUGAAUAACCAACACUACAAUUAAAAAAUUACUUCAGAAAGGGGCAGUUAACUUAGUCUGAAAUCUAUACUAUAUAAAUGUGAAUGCAAAGUUAACUGUAUUUUUUUCCAAAAAACUACAUUUGUAUUUACAGAUACAAGGCUCAACUGUCUGUGUCAAAUGACAUAAUCUGGUUAUUAGACUUAUGAUGGGAUUUAAACAUUUUAAUGAAAGGGAAAAAAUAAAGUAUUCUUUUGUGUAAGUUAAGUUUUGCAAUUCAAAGGAUUUGUUCAUUUGGGUCUCCAAGUUCUUCUUUUCAACGUUUGAGAGUCUUGAAGGUAGUAUCUUGGCUUCAAAGCCUUUUGCUUUGAAUCUAACUUUUACUUUGAAACUAACCAAAAAGAAACUAAGUAUAUCAGAACCAUACCUAAUCCCGUAGGAGUCAGCAUUGCAUCAAGUUUAUUAAAAUUAAAGACUUCUUUUUUUUUUUCUCCUCCCCAAAUAGGCAUCUGGUAAUAAAAGGCAAAUCAGCUGGGUUAGGAUAAAACAGGCAAUGUUUUUCCUUCACUAGUUCAUUUAGAAAAGUCGGCUUGCUAACUGAGAAAAAUUAAUGAAUUUUACUUGUAUUAAAAUAAAGGUGAUUGCUUCAUGGCAACAGUGUGCUCAUUUGAGAAAGUCAUUACAUUUACGUAUUGUGUUUUCAUGUAAAUACUUUUGCCAAAGUGUAUUAGCAAGGAAUAUAAUAUUAUGGUUCAUGGUUCAUGUAGUAUCUGAAAAGAAUAAUUGUAUAACUAAUCAGUGAAAACAAAGUAAAUGUUCCUCUUGGGUUUGUAUAAUAAAAAUGGAAUUAAAAUUAUUCAGGCUCAAAAAUGCAAAUAUAAUGCAUCUCUACCAGCAGGAAAAUAAAAUUUUAAAGGCAAAACUUG